AGUGACUAAUACUAACACUAUUGGGCCCAUCCUAUACGCAACCGCUAUAAAAAUCCACCGUUUAAUUUGCUCACGUGGCACUCCUAAAUUCAAAACCAACCAAAACCCUUUUUCCAUUGCUAUGAGCUAAGAAUUCGACCGUUGGGCUUCUUUUCUCUUCAGUUCAACCAAUCCACAAAACACAAACGCCCUGUUGGCCCAUUCUCUGUUUCAAACAUCUUUGAUUCUAGCUCAAACCAAGCAGAGAAAUCAAAUGGCUGUCAAUUUCGCAUUCAAGGAGGAAGAUAUGGUGGUCAACGAGGGAGUUGGGUACUCAAAAGCCUAUGCAAAGCUUUGUAGGGAUCGUGAAGCUGCUGGUACUUACAGCCACGGCCCUCCCUUCACUUUCCUCCCAUCUGCAAUGCAGCGACAUGAGAUUCAGAGAGCAAAGGAAUUAGAACAAAUGUUCCCAAUUGUUGAACCAAAAGCAAAGCCAACAGCCAAACCCAAGAUUUUUGUUGGUCUCUUGUGGAAGCAACUCGAUCACCUAGGGAAUGCUGGUUUUGAUCCUGCAGUAAUUCGAGUAGAUCCGUAUGGCAAUGUUCUAUAUUUCCAUGCUGAUAGAGCGUCUCCUCUUGCUUGGGACAUUGAUCACUGGUUUCCUUGUCAAAGGGGCGGAUUAACCGUUCCAAGUAAUCUUAGGAUACUUCAAUGGCAAGUGUGCAAGAGAAAGAAUAACAAGUUAGAAUUUAUUGUUCCAUGGUGGGAUCUUCAGCUGGGAAUUUCAGUGAACCAGUUUUUAUCUAUAUUUGCUUCUUCCAACUCGGAUUUCAGGCAUAGGUCAUUUUCAUUUCUGUUCUCUGAAGGAGAAAAUGAAGAACUAAAUGCUUCACAGACUGUGGAUUCACAUUCUUUUCCACAACAUUUCUUUGAAUCAAAAGAGCAACUAGGCCUUGCUCCGGCUGCCCUUGUUUUAUCUCGAAGAGAGUCAUAUGAUUCUUCAUUGGCUUUGAAAUCGUUGGAUUAUAAUAGGCAGAUAAGGCCACAUUCUGCUGCAAUUGCUGCGAGAAAAGUAAAGUCAGGUGACUUGAAAGAAAAUGAGAACCCAGAUUUUGUUACAAACCCCUACCAAGCCAUUGUCAUGGCCAGGGAUUCUCUGAAGCAAAGAGAAGAAGCUCACAAGAUGCAAGUUGAAAUACAGAAUUUAGACGACGAAGUUAAUGAAACGAGUAGAAAGAAUGACGAGGAAAAGCUCGCUAUUCAGGACUUGGAGUUGACACUGAUAAAGCGUAGGAGAAGGGCAGAAAAGUGCAGGCGGCUGGCAGAGGCACAAUCUUCAUAUAGGAAUAUGUUAGAGAAGAUGAUUCGAGAUGCUAUGCACCAGAGUGUCAUUUACAAGGAACAAAUGAGACUGAACCAGGCUGCAACUAAUGCACUAAUGGCAAGGCUAGAAGCACAGAAGGCAAUUUGUGAUGAAUCAGAGAGAGAUGUCCACAAGAAAUUCAAACAAAGAGAUGAGCUUGAGAGACAGAUAUUGCCUGAAUGGGAACACGCGAGGAAGAGAUCAAGAAAGGAUAGUACCUUAUCUGAAGAUAGAGACCAUAACGCUAGUCUUUAUUUGCCAGGAACCAGGCCGAGAAAACCUCUGCACAAGGAGCUGAGAGUAUUUCUAGAGGAAGAACAGAAAGCGUCUGAAGCUGCCUUAUCUGCAAAUAAUGAUGGAAAGCAUGAAGAAAUUGAAGAGGAACUGAAAAUAUCUGCGAAAAACCUCUUUAGAGAGCAUGAUAAGUCCAUUGUUGCCUUAGAGAACUAUGAAAGCGCCAUUGAGCGUAAGCUUCAGGCAAUAGAGAUAGAUGAAGGGAACAGACACAAAAUUCAAUUCCCAAUUAUCAGAGGACAAGAAAUAGAGGAAGAUGAAGAUGAAGAUAGCAGGAGGCAACGAGGGAAAGGAAAUGUAGAGAAGUGGUUACAAAUGUUGCUAGAGAACUCUCAAGAUGAGUUGGAACCUGAAAACUCAAAUAGCCAUGAAAAAUCCAGGACUGAUGAUAUAUUUACAAAGCUGAAUCAAAAGUUCCCACAGGAGGCCAAGAGUUCAAAGCAUCCAGGAUUUGACAAGGAGACUUUAACAGAUGUUCCUGUGGAAAACCAGAAACAAACAAUCCAAGAGAAGGAUAAACGAAAGAAGGCAGAAGAAACUGUUGAAGUGGGUGGUGAAGGGAUUGGAAGUAGCAAGUGUUUUGAAGUAAAAGAAAGGAUGGAGAACGGUAAAGAAAGAGCACUUGUAAGAUCUGAAAGUGCCAGGACCUUGAGGCGUCUCCCAUCUUCUCCUCUGCUCUUAGGUAUGAGAAAGGGAGUGGAGUGCAUGACGAAGAAGCCAAUGGUAACUAGCGAUGAUGACUCUAACGAGGACUAUGCUGCAGGAAACAGCUUCAUCAAGUCAUCCAUCAAGAAGACUAUUAAGAAAGUAGUGAAAAUAUGAAACUUCAAUCUACAUAUGUUAAUGCCUUUGUAUUAUAUCUACAUAUUUUCAUUCUCUUUUUUUUUUUCCAAUUUUUUAAUAGAGUGCCAUGGCUUCAAAAGCUGAAUAAUCGAGUGACAUCUAUGUAUAGUCUUUGAUUUGUGUAUGAGAUUGCUUGUGAGAAGAGAUGCGAUCACAACUUCCUGUGUAUUGAUUGAAUAAACUAAAUUCAACUUCUUUUCA